GUUUGCACAAGUAGCUGGGAGGUGGUGGUACAUGCCUUUAAUCCCAGCACUCCCGAAGCAAAGGCAGGGCGCUCUCCGGGAGUUCAAGGCCAGCCUGAUCUACAGAGCGAGUUCCAGGACAGCCAUGGUUACCCAGAGAUACCCUGUCUUGAAAAACAAAACAAAACAACAGAGGAGAGAGACACAGAGACAGAGAGAUCCCACAAGUAGUACAGAAGACUACAGCUUCCCUUGUGUUAGCAUUUUACAUACCAUACAGUCACUGAGAGCAGGAGAUUAAUAUUAGAUUUAACUGGGUCUCCUGUGAUAGCAUUCUUUUUCUUAGAGUACUUUCUGUGUUCUACAAUGGGAUCUAAGACCCAGCCUCACUCUAUCUACAUGGCACCAUCACCUUUUCCAAUCUUGGACUGUCUGGUGACUUUUAUGCUUUUGAAGAGCCAGGAGUCUUGGUGUUUCUGCAUGAGAGAAGAGCAGCUACAGUGGAAGAGGCUUAACAGGCUUUAGGAUGUCUGAAGAUGAAGAAAAGGUGAAGUUACGCCGCCUUGAACCAGCUAUCCAGAAAUUCACGAAGAUAGUGAUCCCGACAGACCUGGAGAGGUUAAGAAAACACCAGAUAAACAUUGAGAAGUAUCAACGGUGCAGAAUUUGGGACAAGUUGCAUGAAGAGCACAUCAAUGCAGGGCGCACUGUUCAGCAACUCCGCUCUAAUAUCCGAGAAAUGGAAAAGCUUUGCUUGAAAGUCCACAAGGAUGACCUGGUUCUUCUGAAGAGGAUGAUCGAUCCUGUGAAGGAAGCAGCAGCAGCGGCCACAGCAGAGUUUCUCCAGCUCCAUCUGGAGUCUGUUGAAGAGCUCAAGAAACAAUUUAAUGAGGAAGAAGCCUUAUCACAGUCUUCUCUCACCAGAUCCACGACCGUUGGUGGAGCACUCCACACUUCCGAGGCUGAAGCUACUUCUCAGAGUCUGACUCAGAUAUAUGCCUUGCCUGAAAUUCCUCGAGACCAAAAUGCUGCCGAGUCCUGGGAUAACUUAGAAGCGGACUUAAUUGAACUUAGCCAUCUGGUCACUGAUUUCUCCCUCCUAGUGAAUUCUCAGCAGGAGAAGAUUGACAGCAUUGCAGACCAUGUCAACAGUGCUGCUGUGAAUGUUGAAGAGGGAACCAGAAACUUGGGGAAGGCUGCAAAGUACAAGCUGGCAGCCCUGCCUGUGGCAGGUGCACUCAUCGGAGGAGUGGUGGGGGGUCCCAUCGGCCUCCUCGCAGGCUUCAAAGUGGCAGGAAUUGCAGCUGCACUUGGUGGUGGGGUAUUGGGCUUCACAGGUGGAAAAUUGAUACAAAGAAGGAAACAGAAAAUGAUGGAGAAGCUCACUUCCAGCUGUCCAGAUCUCCCUAGCCAAAGUGACAAAAAAUGCAGUUAAAGCCCACACUUCCAGCUGGUGCCAAUGCAUCCAUCCUAAGGAGCACCUUGCUGCUGUUGAAUGCUCAGCUGUUGGAACACAGUAUUGGGGAGUGGCUCUUCAUGUCCAUGUGGUAUUGAACCACCAUAACCGGAUGUAUUUGUUUGCUGGCUGUUAAUGGAGAUGUUAGAGGAGCCUGGGCUUGAGGGUAUGUGAUGUCUAUCGGGUCAGUUUAAAGACUGCCAAAGAGAAAAUGUUCUGCCUGGAAAUGUGAAAACUGAACCUCUAACUCUAAGGAUCUAAGAUGUGUGAAAUGUGUCGGGCACACGAGGGUCAGUGUAUGUGUAAAUUAUUUCCCCUACAGAGAAGGAACGGAAUGUGAAUUCUGGAGUCUUUCUGUCAGGCAGGGAUGUUGCUGCUACCAAGGGGCCCGGGUGAACUACUUCUGUGCUUGGAUCCAUCUAUAUUUUCUGGUGAAGGAAACUAACACUAUAAAAUGGACAGAGACGCCCACUUUCUCUGGACAAUCUCUUCAUUGUGACACGGGUGACAUCUUUUCUGAAAUCUUCCCUCCUUUCCAGCUCAGGAGCACAGAAGCCCGUGUGCUGGAUCUGCUGACCCAGCCACAAGCCCAAUUGCAGCUGGUGAUUCUGAAGGUUCUCUGCUUCUGGGGUGAAUUCUACCAUCUUGUGAGGAUUUUUCUCAUAAUCUGCCUUUUUAUAUCAUUUCCCAUCUCUAGUUACCUGUAAUCUCGUAAGUUGAAAAACAAAAAUUUAAACAUUUCCAACAUUUUUUGGGCAAAGGGGAGUACAAGGUCACAUCAUGGGGCACUUUAGAACUUGAAGGGGCUGGCAUUCCUGCCUCAAGGGGUCUGGCUCCUCAGUCUUGUAGCAAGGUUGAGAAGGAGCUUUCUACCUCACUUCCGUUACUGCUGCUGCCCUUUCUCAGGCUAUCUCCUGUCCUUCCGUUUUCUCUGCCGCUCUCCCAGUGUUCACACAUAACUUCUCUCAUGUUCUAAACGGCCAAGAUUCAGACCCAGUGAAAGAUCUGUGGUGCUAACCCAACAGAUAACAUGGACAGCGGCCACAGGCCAGUCCAGCUCCACGUCUGUCUCAAACAUACAGGUUUGAGAUUUAGAGAAAAGGAAUUUAAGACUGCAGGCAGCCUCACCCUGCAAUCCUAACUCGUCCUAACAGGAAGGAGCCACUGGCCGCCUCAUUCUUCAGUCUCCCCUGAGGAGAAAGCACAGUCAGCCAGGAGCAUGGGUUCAAGGACCAAAGGGUUUAUUCUUUUAAGAGCUGUGUUGAGCCAGGCCGUGGUGGUGCACAUGCCUUUAAUCCCAGCACUCAGGAGGCAGGGGCAGGCAGAUCUCUUUGAGUUCAAGGCCAGCCUGGGCUACAGAGUGAAUUCCAGGACAGGCUUCAAAGCUACAGAGAAACCAUCUCAAAAAACAAAAAACAAAAAAAAAAAAAAAAAAAAAAAAAAAAGCUGUGUUGUUGAUGUUUGACCUCUAUUAAUUGCUACUUUUCCUUCUGUGUUGCAAGAUCCUUCCCUUUGAUGCUUUUGAGUCUUACUGAUGCAUUCAUUCCUAUGAAACGAAACACUACAUCAUAUUAAACUAUUAGGAGGUAUCAAGUAUUUGUUAUCUGCUGACUUAAGACUUUAAUAUCGCCCUCCCCCCAAAAAAGGAAGUACUUGAGUAAGUGUCAGAUUCUGAGUCACUGACACUGGGAACUAAGUAUUUGGAGUAAUGUUUUUAACUUCAUCCUUUGUUCUCUGUUUCUUGCUGCUCCUUUAAGGUGGGCAUGUCAGACCUGAGCAGGAGGCAGAACUCAUCCAGAUUUUAUUUAAAACAAGAUGCUUUUUAAAUUUUGCUUUUCAAGAUGGUUUCUCCUAUGUAGCCCUGGCUGUCUUGGAACUCACUCUAUAGAUCAGGUUGGCCUUGAACUCAGAGAUGCACCUGCCUAUGCCUUGGAGGGCUGGGAUUAAAGGCACACGUUGCCACCGCCUGACUAAAACUAGAUUCUGGAACCUCCACGGGUAAUUCUGAUACAGCCAGUCCAGCCUGCUUAGCUGGAAUUAUAAGAAUAGCAAUGUUGUUUCAUUGUUUAAUCUCCCACGUUCACCUCAUCUUCCUCAUGGCUUAAUACUCAUCCCGCCAGUCCCUAGAGGGCCACUCAGUCAAUGUGCCAUAACAGCCAUAGCACAGAGGACCUAGAAGAACCAGGAUGAGGCUUGCCUUUGAAACCCACGUCGUCUUGGGGACUUUGCACUUUUACUGAGCCACUGUGGGAACUGUUGACAUGAUCAUGAACUGUCAGUACUGGGCUUUUGACUCUAGCCGUCUAAAUGCUUAAGGAAGUUCCAGUCUUCUUAAAUUUUUAUACUUUAAAGUUACUUAGAAAUUGUACUUCAUUUCCCUACAAUUGAACCUAAUAGCUAACUUUUUGUGGAAAUUGCUUAGAAGUGUUUAAUCAACUAUAAAUGAUAUAAAGUACUUAAAAGUAUAAAUUAGUCAAUAUGACACAGAAGUGAUCUUAAAAUUGGACUUAAUAUGCCCCAUAGUGUCAAGUUAAAUUUAUCUUCUCUAUGAUUUAUGUCUUAUUUUUAUUUCAACCAGUUAAAAAGGACCACUUUAAUUAAGCUUAUAAAAGUUGUUAAGACUCAUUUCAGUAAUGGCAGCACUUCUAAAGACUUUUUGAUGUUAUAAUCGGAGAAUUUCUCUGAAAUUUUGGUGUAACACACAGUAAAAAAAAGUAUUAAAAUUGAACAUAUAUACAUGAAAAA